AUGGAGUGCAGUGUUGAGGGCAGCGUCACUAACUGGACGUAUCGCUUUUACAAAAGUGGUAACAGACAUUAUGAUCAAAUUGAAAAGACCAAAGAACACACUUACACCAUCGAGUCCGUGAUUCAGUCUGACAGUGGAGAAUAUGGCUGUGACUCCUACAGUGCUGAUUACCGUCAAGUCUUUGGAUCCAGAAAUCCUGUUACACUGACUGUUCAUGAACUCUUCAGUAAGCCCACCCUGACAGUCCAGCCCAAUACCAUAUUGUGGGAAGGUGACAAUGUGACACUGAAGUGUCAGUCUGAGAGUAAAGUGCAGCAGACACAACUGCGGUACAAAUUCUACAAAGACAAGCAAUCUGUGAGUCAAAGAGCUUCAGAGUCGGAGUUCAGAAUUCCAUCAGCUCGUCCAGAGACGUCCGGCAGUUACUGGUGUGUGGUGGGGGGAGAAGGGAAGAAGACUGAGAAGAAAUCAAGUGAGCGAGUGCAGGUGACCGUGAGAGAGCUGUUCACCAAGCCCACCCUGACAGUCCACCCCAGUACCAUAUUGUGGCAAGGGGAUAAUGUGACCCUGAGGUGUCAGUCUGAGAGUCGAUUUCAGGGGACACCCUUGACAUACAAAUUCUACAGAGACGAGGAACCUGUGAGUCAAAGAGCUUCAGAGUUGGAGUUCACAAUUUCAUCAGCUCGACCAGAGAAGUCUGGCAGUUACUGGUGUGAGGUGGAGGAAGAAGGGAAGAAGACUGAGAAGAAAACAAGUGUGCGAGUGCAGGUGACCGUGAGAGGAAACAGAAAUGUGACAUUGACACUGAGGACUGAGGGGACACCUGUGUACAUCGGAGACAAAGUGACAAUGGAGUGCAGUGUUGAGGGCAGCGUCACUGACUGGACGUAUCGCUUUUACAAAGUUGUUAAUGAACAUUAUGAUCAAAUUAAAGCGGCCACUGAACGCACUUACACCAUCGAGUCUGUGAUUCAGUCUGACAGUGGAGGAUACGGAUGUGACUUCUACAGUGCUGAUUACCGUCAAGCUUUAGGACCCAGCAAUCGUGUUACACUGACUGUUCAUGAACUCCUCAGUAAGCCCACCCUGAUAGUCCACCCCAGUACCACAUUGCGGGAAGGUGACGCUGUGACCCUGAGGUGUCAGUCUGAGAGUCAAGUGCAGCAGACACAACUGUGGUACAAAUUCUACAGAGACGAGGAAUCUGUGAGUCAAAGAGCUUCAGAGUCGGAGUUCAGAAUUCCAUCAGCUCGACCAGAGACGUCCGGCAGUUACUGGUGUGAAGUGGAGGCAGAAGGGAAGAAGAUUGGGAAGAAAACAAGUGAGCGAGUGCAGGUGACCGUGAAGGGAAUUCCAAAGGCCACACUGGCACUAAUGAGACACAGAGAUGUGGUGUACACUGGAGACACGGUGGCCAUGAACUGCAGCAUUGAUGGCAGCUUUACUGACUGGAGGUAUCAGUGGUACAGAGGGAAUGUGGCAAACAGGGGGAGUCCAAUUAAAGAUGUCACUGGACAAACUUACACCAUCCAGUCUGUGACUCAGUCUGACAGUGGACCAUACUGGUGUGAAGCCCACAGAGAUGAUCCCCUUCAUCACUCACGUCCCAGUAAUGCUGUUACUCUGACAGUUAAAGAGCUGUUCACCAAGCCCACCCUGACAGUCCACCCCAGUACCACAUUGUGGCAAGAGGACAAUGUGACCCUGAGGUGUCAGUCUGAGAGUCGAUUUCAGGGGACACCCUUGACAUACAAAUUCUACAGAGACGAGGAACCUGUGAGUCAAGGACUUUCAGAGUCGGAGUUCACAAUUCCUUCAGCUCGACCAGAGAAGUCCGGCAGUUACUGGUGUGAGGUGGGGGAAGAAGGGAAGAAGACUGAGAAGAAAACAAGUGAGCGAGUGCAGGUGACCGUGAGAGAGUCUUCUUCAGUUAUGAUUUCAUUUAUUCUCAGAGCCAGUUUGUUUCUUUUGAUGCUUCUGCCGGUGCUUGUCGUUUAUCAGAUGACUGAAGGUUUUUCAUGCUUUGACUGUAAGAAGGCCAGAAGAUUGUACAGCAUCUGA